UGAAAUAAUAAAAUUUUUGGGUAAGCAAAAUUUGCCUUAUCGUGGAACUGGUGACACAGAAGGGCUGUACAAGAUGAAUGAUGUUAAUAUCAAUAGAGGUAAUUUUUUGGAGCUUUUGAAAUUUACUGCUGAAAGAGAUGCAAUUUUAAGACAAUAUUUAGACAAUGCUAUAUUGUCAAGUAAAAAACGAAAAUUAAAUAUGGAUCAACGGCAAAAAAAUUCUAAGGGAAGAGGAUCAUUAGUUACACUUGUAUCCAAAACUACUGUUAAUAAAGUAAUUGAAGGUAUACUAGAAACUAUGAGGAAACAUAUUCGUGAAGAAAUGGGUGAUCAGCAUUUUAGUAUACAAUUUGACAGUACUCAAGAUAUUGGAGCUACGGACCAAGCCACUAUCUGCUUUCGCUACUUAAAUAAUACAGAUAUUAAAGAGCGCCUUUUUGCCGUCAUUAAAGUAGAAGAUUCAGCAGGUAAAAGUUUAUAUGAACUAUUAAAAACUUGCUUUGACAAACAUAAUAUAAAUUUUAAAAAUGUCAUUGGUGAAUCUUUUGACGGUGCUUCUAACAUGAGAGGAGAGUUUAACGGUUUGCAGUCUUUUAUUAAGCAACAAAACGAAAACAGUAUUUAUGUUUGGUGCUAUGCCCAUAUUCUAAAUUUGUGUAUUUGUGAUACCUGUGACAAUUUAGCAGCCAAGAAUUUAUUUGGGUUCUUGAAUCGCUUGAGUACAUUCUUUUCUGAUUCUUAUAAACGAAUGGACAUUUGGAAGAAAAAUCAAGAAAAUUUAGGUGUUGGAGUAAAAAAACUUAGAAAGCUACAAAAAAUCGGGGAAACAAGGUGGUGGUCCAGAGAAAAAGCACUUAAAUGGGUUUUCGACGGAGAAGAUUGCUUAUACACAACUAUUGUCAGUGCUUUAGAUUUUAUUUGUUCAUCAAAAAAAUUUGAUCAAAAAUCCAUAUAUGAAGCAACUUCAUUAAAAAAUAAAUUGUGUGAAUUCCAAGUUAUUUUAACAGCCCAUUUAUUUAUUAAAGUUUUUGAUUCAGCCGGACCAACAUCAUCAUAUUUGCAGUCCAGUAAUUUAGAUCUUUUGGCUGGUUGGUUAAUGGUAGAAAAUACAAUUGAUGAAAUUGGAAAAAUAAAUUUUGAUACAAUUGUCGUUGAAGCAGAGAAAUUCUCACAAAAUAUGAAUGAUAAAUUUACAAAUUUUGAAUUGAAUGAUAGUAUAGUUGUGGAAGAUAAAUUACCAUUAAUACGUUCUAGACAUAAGAAGCGCAAUUAUGAUGAAAUGUGUUCAGAUGAACAUAUUAUAAAUCCUAUUGAUAAGUUUAGAGUAGAAGUUUUUCAAUGCACUAUUGAUCAAUUGAGAAGCAGUUUUAUUCAAAGAUUUUCAAGCAAUAGAGAAAUUAUAGCAGAUAUUCAGUAUUUAUUACCAAAAAAUUUUCAAUAUGCAAAGGAUAACAGUCUACCAGAAUCAGCAUUAAAAAUUUUAUCAAAAUUAUCAUCAAUAAACCAUCAGAAAUUAGUGUCUGAAUUGAACCAUUUCUCAAAAAUAUAUGAUAACAUUGCAAAGCCUCUGAAUUCAAAUACUUCAAAAAUGUAUAAUGAUGAUGAUGAUGAUAUGUUUCAAGAUAAUGAAGAAUUUUUUCUAGACUGGGAUAAAAAUGAUGAAAUGAAUUUAGAAGUUAAAGGGUGUGAAAAAUCAAAAACUUCCAAUAAUAAUCAUAAUACAAAAUCAUGCUUAAUAUGUCUACAAAAAUUAAUUACCAAUUAA